AUGAGUCUGAUUUCCCAACAGCAGCUGCUACAGAAUCAGCUUCAAAUGAAACAGUUAGAUGAGCAGCGUCUGCGACAGGCAGAACAGACUCGAAGCUUCCAAUCGAAUCGCUCGUCUACUCAAGAACUGUUACAAAAAUUGCGCUCGACUGAUCACAAAAAAGAGCAAAGAGAUCCUUCUGAUCCACUAUAUAUUCAGAUGCCAACCAGCGCCAACCCUACUGAAACAUUAGCGGCAAGGUUCAAUUCGUGGCGUAACAUCAUAAGCUGCCUUAUUCAUUACCUCAAGGAAACGGUUUCUGUUCACGAAGAGAUUAGCAGACAACAGAUUCGUCUCCAUCAUGCUAUUACAUUUCCCUUUGUUACACAGGGGCUGGACGGUGAGUUGUAUCAACCUGUUCGUGUUCCCAAUCCAGGAGGUUCAGGUUCUGCAAGUACUGCCGGUACCAGCAUUUUCUCGGGUCAUCGGGGAAACACAACCUCAUCUCCAGAGGUAGCAGACUUGUCCAAACAGAAGGACGAGUUUGAACUGACUCGGAGAUUCUUUUUACCGUUAGGCAGCGGUUCUAUUCAAGAUUUGCCUACCGUGUUGUAUCAAUAUCACACUAAUGCUACCCUGUUGGCGCAAUCCGUUGUUAAGGAAUUAAACUCAACCAUUAUUCCAAGGUUGGAGGAUUUGAAACGGGAUCUACUGGUGAAGAUUAAGGAGAUUCGUUCUCUUCAGAGCGACUUCAAGAAUAACGUCGAUCGUUACAAUCAAGAGACCAAGGUAACUCUAAAGAACUUUAUUCAAUCUGUCGACGCCGUUAAAAGGUCGCCAUCUACUUUGGCUCCAAAAAAUGAUCCCUACCUGCUAAAAUAUUUAUUAGAUAGUCAAAUCAAGAAGCAGCUUACAGAGGAAAAUUACCUUCACGAAGCGUUUAUCAAUUUACAAACUUCGGGAAAGGAGUUGGAGAAAGUUGUUUACAUCGAAAUUCAAACUGCGCUUACAGUUUAUGCCAAGUUGAUGGGGCAGCAGGCACAGAAUGUUUUUGAUGGUCUUAUCUCCAAAUUGGAUACUGGAAUCUUAACGAAAGGUCCUACUUACGAAUGGGACUCCUACAUUUCCAAGGAUACUGUGAACUUCAUUGAUCUCAAUACUCCAAUGCGUCAUUUAAGUGAGAUUCGUUAUAGGUAUCAAGUAGACCCACUCACUCUUCAUAUCCGUUCCGGUUUCCUAGAGAGAAAGUCGAAGUAUUUGAAGUCUUAUGCCCGCGGAUGGUACGUGCUAACUCCAACGUUCAUUCAUGAGUUUAAAACACCGGAUAGAAAGAAGGAUCCAGUGCCAAUCAUGUCGUUAUCGUUAGAUGACUGCCAGAUUGCUGAGCAUUCUCGUAAAGAUGAACGCAAUCCAAAUUCAUACCACAAGUUUGUCUUGCAUGCAAAACAGAACGGAGGUUUGCUACGUAAAGGGCACAAUUGGGUGUUCCGUGCCGAGAGCUAUGAUGCUAUGAUGCAAUGGUACAACGAUUUGAAGCGUCUUACUCAACUUCCAACUCCACAGGCAAGGUCCACUAUUGCCUGGGAAAGAAGAAAGAAUCGUAGACUUUCAAGCAUUACAGGAAACUCUAGUACCGUUGGUUCAAUUGCGUCUAGCAGAGUCAGUUCUGGUAGAGUACAUGCGUCUGAUGAUGUUGCCGCAGCUGCUGCGGUUGCUGCUACGGCUGCGACUCCCGAGCAAUCUUCCUUCCGUCGAAUUCACUCCUCUCAGCAUGGAUCAAUGACUAAUAGGUCUAUAGAUACGAUGCUCUCGAUGCCGAAAACCAAUUCUGCAUACGUACCGAAUGGAUCAACUGUUGUUGAUCAUGGUGUUCCACAGUCUAUGGUUAGCAAUGACGUUGUAGUGAGCUUGCCUAACAGUUCACAGUUAGAUGGUCAUGCAGCAGGUGGCUCUCAACUUGAAACACAGGUUCAGAGUAAGAAAUCGGCUGGUACUAAUAAUUACGUGAACGGUGAACUCAGUGAAAAGGUUGGAGAACUUGAUGUGUCGGAUGAUCCUAAGAAGGAAACCCAAAUGUAA